AUGGCCGGCGAAGGGGAUCUGAAGCUGCUGGGGCUGCUGGUGAGCCCGUUCGUGACCCGCGUCCGCCUGGCGCUGCACAUCAAGGGCCUGAGCUACGAGUACAUCGAGACGGACGUGCUGGACAAGGGCGAGCUCCUCCUCCGCUACAACCCGGUCCACAAGAAGGUGCCCGUGCUCAUCCACAACGGCGUGCCGCUCUGCGAGUCGCAGAUCAUCGUGCAGUACGUCGACGAGGUCUGGGCCGCCGCCGGCGCGCCCAUCCUCCCCGCCGACGCCUACCAACGCGCCACCGCCCGCUUCUGGGCCGCCUACGUCGACGACAAGCUGUUCCCGGCCUGGCUGGGCAUCCUCCUGGCCCCGACCGAGGCGGCGAGGGCGGAGAAGGUGGGCGAGACGCUCGCGGCGCUCGCGCAGCUGGAGGUGGCCGCGGCGGAGUGCCUGGACGGCGGCAAGAGGCCCUUCUUCGCCGGCGACUCCAUCGGGUUCCUCGACCUCGCCGUCGGGUGCAACAUGUUCUGGAUGGAGGCGCUGCGCAGGAUGUUCGGCGUGACGUUCCUCGACGCGGGGAAGACCCCGCUGCUGGUGGCGUGGGCGGAGCGGUUCGCGGGCACCGAGGCGGCGACGGCGGUGGUGCCGGACCCGGACGCCGCGGUGGCGUUCGCCAGGAAGCUUCAGGCCAAAUAUGGUUCCGCGCCGCCUGCCAACUAG